CAAACACACAGGGACGCUCACUUUCUGUCGGAGCAACAUGUCCAGUUAUGUGCUAAAUAAUAUCUGUUAAAUUGGAAACAGACAUCGAUCAUCAGUGCCAUAAACAAUGAGGUGAUUACUCAAGAAACAAAGGACGAGGAGUGAUGCAAUGGCGCUCGGGAACGGCUCUAAGAAGUCAAUUUCAUGUGACCAGGGGGUCAAUCCUUCUUCUCUGAAUGAUGGGUUAGAAGCUGGGGGACAAGCUGUGGCUCCACCUACCAGGAAGACUCGGUCCUGCAAGUGUUUCCUAUCCUUCCUGAUCAUUAUCCUCACAGCCACAGGAGCCAUACUGGCCUGGUACUUCCUGGAGCACAGGGUUUGGGUGUUGGAGAAUCGUGUUCAGCAGCAGUACACAGCCUACCUGACAAUCCUCAACAGGAACUUCUCUGCUGAUCUGUCCUCUCACAGCAGCCCUGCAUUCAAGAAGGAGGCCAAAGGAGUGCAGAACCUGGUAGAGAAGAUAAUGAAGGGUUCACAUCUUCAUCGAUACUUCAACUACACCACUGUGUUCGCCUUUGGGGAGGGGAGUGUUGUGGCUCACUUCUGGAUAGUGAUGUCUGUGCCAGACAGCCAUGUUAAGAAGGUCACACUGGAGAAGGUCACUGGGUGCCUGAAGAAAGGCCUGAUGCAAGGGUCAAAUGAAGAUGAGGUGGCCUCCUUCAGUGGAUACCUCCUCCAUGUUCCUUCGCUGUCUGUCAGUGAAACCGACUCCAAAGUUAUAGAACUUUUGAAAGCGUCCUUUGACUGUUACCGCUACCAGAAGUUGGUGUCCAGCAGCCCCGUGGCUCUCCGUGGCCCAGACACACAGCGCUCCUCCUGCCUGUGGCACCUCCAAGCUCCACCUGGCUCCCAGCUGGAGCUCCACAUGGAGUGGCUGCUGCCAGAGUGUCGAGACAGACUGGUGGUGUACAACUCCCUCACCCCCACUGAUACUCACCUCAUCACAUCUGUGUAUGGCUGCAGCAGACAUGAGCGGGUGGUACGUGUCCUAUCUUCAGGCGAGUGGAUGACAGUGAUUUGGAAACAGGGUCUGUACAAUUAUAAGGACCCCUUCUCUCUAUCUGCACAAGUCUGGCAACGGCAGGGUUGUAACUCCACUAUAGAUCUCAAAGAAGUAUCGGGAAUCCAAGGGACACUGAGAACACCUUUCUUCCCCAGCUACUAUCCCCCCGACACCAACUGUACCUGGAGCUUUAUUAUGCCCAGUGUGGGGAUGGGCUUGUCUCUAGAAUUUGAGGGCUACGAGCUGAGCAGAGCCAGCUACAACCAGGCCUGUACUCAGGGACAGUGGAUCAUUCAGAACCGCAGACUGUGUGGUACCAGGGGCCUGCAGCCAUACAAUGAGCGCCUUCUCCUGCUCUCCACGUCCGCCACUGUUGUCAUGACAUCAGAGGUGUCACUCACGGGGCCAGGCCUUCAGCUGCACUACAGGGUUUUCAACCUAACAGAUCCUUGCCCAGGCCAGUUUCUAUGCACUAUAAAUGGCCUGUGUGUUCCUGCCUGUGAUGGAAUCAAGGACUGUCCCAAUGGACUUGAUGAGAGGAACUGUGUGUGUGUGGCACAGUACCAGUGCUCAGAGGACAGUCAGUGUGUGGACUACUACAAAGUGUGCGACCAACACCCAGACUGCCCUGAAGCAUCGGAUGAGAUGAACUGUACUAAUGGUGUGCAGUGUACAGAUAUGACCUAUGUGUGUGCUGAUGGAACCUGUUUGAAGAAGCCGAAUCCAGAGUGUGACUUUGUCACCGACUGCCCUGAUGCCUCUGAUGAGACACAUUGUGACUGUGGCCUACGGCAGUUCUCCAGCCGUAUUGUGGGAGGGACCAAUGCCUCAGAAGGGGAGUGGCCAUGGCAGGCCAGCCUUCAGAUUCGGGGUACCCACAUCUGUGGGGGUGCGCUAAUCUCCAGCCAAUGGGUGGUUUCUGCUGCCCACUGUUUCUAUGACGACCGUCUCUACUCCCCCUCGGUGUGGACGGUCUACCUGGGUAAACUCCUGCUCAAUCGCAGCAGCCCUACUGAGGAAGUGGUGCGAGUUCUGCAGAUCCACCUUCACCAAUACUACGACGAUGAUAACCACGACUAUGACCUGGCCCUGCUGAAGCUGGACAGGUCGGCCUCCAUGCUGCUGGCUGGACAUGCUCGACCUGCCUGCUUGCCUCCUUCUACUCACCAGCUGGAGCCGGACCUGCUCUGCUGGGUCACCGGCUGGGGUUCCCUCCGUGAGGGUGGCACUGCCAGUAAUGUGCUUCAGAAGGUGGAUGUUCGCCUGGUCAGUGAAGAAGCCUGUGUACGAUCCUAUGGCCACCUGGUCACUCCCAGAAUGCUUUGUGCCGGUUACCGCAGUGGAGAGAAAGAUGCCUGUCAGGGAGACUCUGGUGGUCCCUUGGUUUGCCAGGAGCCGUCGGGUCGCUGGUUCCUGGCCGGAGUGGUUAGCUGGGGCAAAGGCUGCGGGCGUCCAGACUUGUACGGCGUCUACACUCGCAUCACCAGGCUCAAUCACUGGAUCAAGCAGGUCAUCAGCAGCCCCUGAGCAACUGGGAUCUUCAUCAUCCUCACGUCAAUAUUCUCAUAACCUGAAGCUGGGUGCAAAUAAAAACAUCAUCAACAUGACGAUAAAAAGCACUGGCAGGUGAUUUAAGAUCGCUUCUCAGGCAAACAACACAGUCGUAAAGUAAUAAAGCUAAUUAUAAUCAAGCUUAUUUAUGAGUCACCUUUCAGAAAUGAAAUCAAGCGAAGUGUUUAUCCAGCAUCCAGUAAAAAGAAACAUGCCAAAAUGAAGGUUGCUAGCAAGUUUUUAAUAAUAAGAGAAGCUUAGUUUUCAGAAGUGAUUAAAAUGUACUUAUAGAUCACAAAGAAGGCAGUUUGACUUACUUUAUAAAAGAUAAUGUAAUCCCUUGUUGUGAUCACUGAAUCUUCUAUAUACUGGAGAUACUGGACAUGAAGUUAUUUCCAUA